GGGGCGCCCGGGCCAGGACGCGGGUCGUGUCGGUGUGCUUGGCGAGCGCCCGGAUCGCAGGCUGUCUGUCCCCAGGCCCUAGAGCACUAAGUGCCACCAUGACCGGGCUGCUGAAGAGGAAAUUUGACCAGCUGGAUGAGGACUCCUCCUCCUCGUCUUCCUCCUCCGGAUGCCACUCUCCUUCUUGCUCCCCAAGUUCUUCAGCCUCCCCGGCAUGGGAGUCGGAUGAGGAGGUCCCCUGGGACCAGACGCCCUUGCCUUACCGUGACUUCUGUGGUUCCCGAAAUUCCACCCCCCUGUCCAUCUUGAAGCGGGCUCCCCGGGUGCGCCCCGGCCGCGUUGCCUUCGACGGCAUCACUGUCUUCUACUUCCCUCGGUGCCAGGGCUUCACCAGCGUGCCCAGCCGUGGUGGCUGCACGCUGGGCAUGGCCCCUCGCCACAGCGCCUGCCGCCGCUUCUCCUUGGCCGAGUUCACGCACGAGCAGGCCCUGGCUCGGAGAGAGAGGCUCCGUCUGCGCUUGAAGGAGGAGAAGCUGGAGGUGCUGAGGCGGAAGCUUUCUGCGACCGGGGUGCCCGAGGCGGAGGCGGGCCCGCCGCUCACCGUGGACGCCAUCGAUGACGCGUCUGUGGAGGAGGACUUGGAAGUGGCCGUGGCAGGCGGCUGGCUGGAGGAAGGGACCUUCCUGCAGCCCUACCCAGCCCGGUGCCGGCAGACCCUGCUGCGGGCUGCCGGAGUGCGGAGGAUCGACCGCGAGGAGAAGCGGGAGCUGCAGGCACUGCGCCAGUCUCGGGAAGACUGCGGCUGUCACUGCGACAAGGUCUGCAACCCCGAGAGCUGCAGCUGCAGCCUGGCGGGCAUCAAGUGCCAGGUGGACCACACGGCGUUCCCCUGCGGCUGCUGCAGGGAGGGCUGCGAGAACCCCCAGGGCCGAGUGGAGUUUAAUCAGGCACGAGUUCAGACCCACUUCAUCCACACGCUCACCCGCCUGCAGCUGGAGCAGGGGGACGAGAGCCUCGUGGAGCUGGAGGCUCCUGCCCGGGGCAGCGCCCCCAGCCCUGGUGAGCAGGCCCUGGCCCCCACAUUCCCACUGGCCAUGCCCCUGGUGAGCGGUGAGCUGGGGGAUCACAGCUGCAGCAGCGAUAUGACUGAUUCCUCCACUGCAUCGUCCCCGGCGUCGGGUGCCAGCGAGGCCCCCGGUGGCCCUGCCCACCUGGCCCUCCCCGGCCCUGGCUUCCAGCCUGGCGUAGAUGAUGAGAGCCUGGUCCAGAUCCUGCAGUUCGAUGACUCAGAACUCGGCAGGGAGGAGAAGGAAGAGGAGGAGGAAGGGGGCGUGGGGAGCCUGGACAACCUGAGCUGCUUCCACCCAGCUGACAUCUUUGGUACCGGUGACCCGGGUGGGCUGGCCAGCUGGACCCACAGCUGUUCCGGCUCGAGCCUCGCGUUGGGCAUCCUGGAUGAGAACGCCAACCUGGAUGCCAGCUGUUUCCUGAACGGUGGCCCUGAAGAGUUGAGAGAAGCUAGCCUCCCUGGCACCCCAGGGCCGGCCAGUGUGGACGCUGGCCAGAGCAGCUCCGUGGACCUGAGCUUGUCUUCCUGCGACUCCUUCGAGCUGCUCCAGGCCCUGCCGGACUAUAGUCUGGGGCCCCUGUACACCUCCCGGAAGGUGUCUGACAGCCUGGAUACCCUCGAGGCACCCUUCUUCCCCGUGCUGCCAGGCUUCUCUCCACCCAGGGACACAGCCACUUGCUUCCUGGAGUCCUUCAUGGGUUCUUCUGAGCCAGCUGAGGUGGUCCACACUCCCUUCAUCGACAGCCAGCUGUUUGAAGACACUGCCGCAGCGUCUCUGAUGGAGCCAGUACGCGUGUGAGGAGGCGGAGGCCUUUUCCCAGCCCUCAGAACCCUGCUGCUGCUUUUUUGUGGUUUGGGGGUUCCCUGGGGCCUGUGUGUAACGGUCUGUGGGCACUCCUGGUUUUUGUGCAACAGUCGGGAUUUAUUUAUUUUUUUUAACUGUGCAGAGGAGUGGGCCGGGGGCGGGGCUUCCCCUUUCCAGCCACCCUGCUCCUGGCCCCCCGCCCACACAGUACUCUUCCCGUCGCCAAAGCGCGUGCCAGGAAGAGAAGAUCUGGCUCCCCUGUUCAUCUUUCUAUGAUGUCUCUCUGCCCAAAGACAGCGAGACAGGGCUGGGAUCGGCUACUUGCGGCUUCUCCCACUGCCCUGAGCCCUGAGGCUGGGCAAAUCCUUUGGACUGUGAAGAGUGUAAUUUAUUUCUGUAAUUUAUUUGGAGACAGAGGUGGCGUUGGCCUCUUCUCUGGCUGGUGGGUCGUCCGGGGUCAGUGUGGGGCACAGACCCUGGAAGUCACUUUUGCCUUGCAGACCUGCAGCCCGGCCUGGGCUUUGGUGCAGACCAGGUGUGCAUUUGAGCCUAUGAUCAACUCUGUCAGCCGCCUGGCUCCUGGAUGGCUGGGCACGCAGGGCUGACCGACCGUGACCAAAAUCCCCUCCUGCCCUACCCGGCCCCCCUGCUUCCUGUCCUCUGCCCCAUCCCCUUCCCAAAGGCCACAGCCUUUAUUCCAGCUCCACUGAUGUUGGCGAGGGAAGCAGGAGGCCCAGAGAGGGCAAGGGGCUUGCCUCAGGACACACAGCACCCCCUUGACCACCUCAGGUCUUUUCUGGGCGCCGUACUCCAGCCCGGGCUGCCUGCCGUGCUGAGGCCAGUUGGCCAGGGCAAGGGCGGGCUCCUGAGGGCCUUUAUGCCCUCUGCCCAUGCUGAAUUUUGCAUCGUAAUUUUGACACCAUCCCUAAGUGUUAGAACUAUAAUUCAUUCAUUUUCCUUUCUGUCUGUGCCAAGCAGCCCAGGCUCUGGGCCUGCCCCUUCACCUCCUACCCUGCCCCUUGCUCAGGAGGCCUCGCCAGGCUGUGUGCUCGUGGGAACACCUUGUACCUGAACUUCCAGGUACCAGUAAAGAGGUUCUGUUUUUAA